UUUUUUUUGGUAAUUCUGUCAAACUACCGCUUGGCUUUACAGCAGAGCGCAAGAAUAUCAAAUCCCAAAACCCUAGGCAUAAAGCUGAAUUUAUUUCAUACAAAAAUCUGAAUCCAAAAAACCCUAUUUAUUUCAAAGGUCUUAGAUUUUUUUUUUUUUGGGGGGGUCUCUUCCUAUUUUAUCAUCUAAUUUUCCACCCCUUAUUUUUCUCAGCGUGAUUUCUGAGCAAUUUCUGAAAUUCGGUAAGGCUGCUAACUUACCCUCCCCGGAAAGUAUGAAUAUCCGGAUCCGGUUUUCGCAGCGAUUUCUAGGGUUUUGAUAUCAGCAAGCUAAACCCCGGAUCUGAAAAAAGGUCGGAUCUUUAUCAUUUUUGAUGGAUAGGAAUGCGGUUGUGGCAGUGUUCUUGUUGUUUCUGAUUGUUGCGGAUGUUUCCGAUGCUUCUUUGCUCUCGAACAUCAGAAAGUUAGUUGGAGCGCAGCCAAACAAUACUUCACCUGCUACUCCAAUUCCUAGUCCAAGUCCUGUUUCACAGGGCAAGAAACCGAAGCCUAUACCAAAUGAUGGAACAAAGAAGAAAAAAACCUCUGGUUCUCCAGUACCUGAUGAUUUGAAGAAAGCUAGUCCUGUUCCACAGAGUCCUAAUACAACAGUCCCUGCAAUUCCACCCACUCAAGUUGCUAAACCAGAGGAGAAGAAUGAGAAUAAACCCAGUUCAGAACAUGGGAAUGUUGAAACUUGUGUUGUGUCAGUGAAGGAGUGCAAGACAAUUAAGAAUGUGGUUGCUUGCAUUAAAAGCUUUGAUGAAGUUUCUAAAGAGCUGGUUGUUGUAAUCCAAAAUGAAAGAGAAAGUUCUUUGGAGGCAGAUAUUUCUUUAGAAAGUUUUCACACGGUUCUGAACAUUUCCAAACACCAGAGUGAAAGGAUCAAUAUAUCACAUUCUAAUGGAAAAGGAGCCCAAAUAUUUAUAAAAGCCGCAAAGGAAAAAUGUGUCCUUCCUAUGGAUUCUCCAGUUGCAUGGAGAGCUGUGCAGCUCCCUUCAUAUGAUCAACUAGUAACCCCAAUCAACGGUGCCUACUUAUUAAUUUUGACAGUGCUAAUCUUCGGGGUGACAUGGGCUUGCUGUAUGUUCAGGAAGAGGAGACGGGAGAAUAGGGAUGGAGUCCCAUAUCAGGAGCUUGAGAUGGGCAUUGCGGAAACUGUUUCCGCUACAGAUUUGGAGACAGCAGAAGGUUGGGAUCAGGGUUGGGAUGACGAUUGGGAUGAAGACAAAGCAGUGAAGUCACCAGGAGGUCAUGUAGGAAGCAUCUCAGCAAAUGGCCUUACUUCUAGGACGGCGAACAAAGAUGGCUGGGAAAACAACUGGAAUGAUUAGUUAUUUUAUAUACACGGCCAACAAAAAUUUGUAAAAGCAGAACUAGAAGAACAUGGACAGACAAAACACACAGCAAAAUAGGAUACUCGGAGAUAUUAAAUGUAAAUCCUUUUGUCACAUUUGGCCUGCGUUUACAUUAGUGGUUAACAUGCGAUAGCAAGAACCCAGAAGGGUGGUAAAAAAAAAAAAAAAAAAAAAAAAAGUCCGUAAUAUUGAUUGGUUUUUUUACCAGAAUUUAGAAAUGUAUAUUUCUUUUGCUUUUGUAUUUUAUCUUUGUUAUUGUUUCAUCAUCUUCUCUCUCCAUUCUCAUGUCUAAAUAUAAUGACAAUAGACUAUGCAAGGUCUGCAACAUUUGAUA